AUGAGCGCGAAGUCGCUCGUCCAGCACGCCACCGCGGACGAGGACGAGGACAUCGACAGCGUGCCCCCGGAAAACGAUGAUGGCGGGGAAGACGAGGGCCUAUCGCGCACCGGAAGCGACCACGCCUCCAGCCCUAACGACGAUCCCUCCUCGGAUGUCUCCCACAAGAGCACAUCACCUAACGACGAGAUAUACAAGGUCCCCGCCACAAAAAGAGCAGCCCAAGUCGCCUUCGCCAUCGUAGCAUGCUGGUUUGCCGCCGGCAUCGUGUACGGCUUCGCAUCGCUCAAGCCCAUACUAAUCGCGGAGGGUGUGUACGAAGACCUCUGCCCACCGGACGCUAACGACCGCCAUAACAACAGCAACAGCAGCAACAACACCCGCGACGGCGACGCCGACGGCACCAGCGACAAGGUACCCUGCGCCGAGCAGGACGUGCGUCUGAACCUCUUCUUCAUCGUCGCCUCCAUCACGACCAACGUCUCCUCGCUCGCAGCGGGCUGGAUCCUCGACCGGUACGGGCGGCGCGUGUGCUACGUGAUCUCGGGCGCGGUCAUGAUCGCCGGGUGCGUGCUGAUGGGGCUCGCCUUCCGCAUCACCGCGUUCGACGCGUACCUCGUCGCCAACAUCCUGCUCAGCCUCGGCGGGUCCUUCGUCUUCGUGCCCAGCUUCCAGCUCGCCAACGCGUUCCCCCGGUGCUCCGGGCUGAUCGUCGCGCUCGUCACCGGCGCCUUCGACGGCUCCGCCGCCAUCUUCCUCUUCUACCGCCUCGCCUGGGAGGCCUCCGGCCGCACCUUCACCCCCCCGCGCUUCUUCUUCGGGUACUCCGUCGUCGGCGUACUGCUGCUCGUCGGCGAGUUCGCGCUCAUGCCGCCGCAUGCGUACCGCGCGGCGCCCGCGCACGAGUCGGCGGACCUGGCGGGCGCGAGGGCGAGCGUGAUCGAGCAGGUGCGCAGCGCCCGCGCUGAGAGGCGGCUGUCCAAGCUGGAGCUGAACGAGGAGCUGACGGGCGGCGACGGGGCCGAGGAGAGGCGGCAGAAGAUGGCCAGCGGGAUCUGGGGGGCCCUGCACGAGCUGCCGGCGCACCGGCAGAUGACGACGACGUGGUUCGUGCUGCUGCUGCUGCUCACGAUAGUGCAGAUGCUGCGCAUGAACUACUUCAUCGCCACGAUCCGCAACCAGUACCGGUACCUCCUCGGAUCGGAGCGGCUGGCCAAGAGCGUCAACCACUUCUUCGACAUAGCGCUACCUAUAGGCGGCGUCUUCGCCACGCCCUUCAUCGGCGUGCUGCUCAACAGUCUGAGCGUCGCAGCGGCGACCGCGGUACUAACACUGUUCACCGUGGUGGUCGGGGUGCUGAACUGCAUUCCCCAGCUAUGGGCCGGGUACGCGACCGUAGUAGCCUUCGUCAUGUUCCGACCUCUGUAUUACAGCGCGAUCAGCGAUUUCGCCAACAAGAUCUUCGGCUUCGCGACUUUCGGCCGCAUCUACGGCACCAUGACUUCCAUGUCGGGUCUCGUUAGCUUUGGACAAUGGGGACUCGACGCGCUGGUGCACGGCCCGCUGGAAGGAAACCCGACGCCCAUCAACGCCGUCAUGGCAGCAGUCGGCACGAUUCUUGGUGCGGCUUUAACUGCUUACAUUGUCUACCACAGCCGGGCCUUCAGGAGAAAGUUAGGGCAGACCCAAGCUGCCGGGUUGGUCCAGGAACGGUUGCACCUAAUUCGCGAGGAGAGGGAAGCGGAAGAAGCAACCUACGGCACUAUGCAUUAUUGA